AUGGGCUCGGGUGAUUCAAAACAAGGGCAUGUUCAAGGGAACAUGUUUAUCUCUCUUGAAAUAAAUAAUAUCAUAUCAGGAGGAAUUUUGCGUGGAAGCGUACAUAUUGCUUUAACCGAGCAGCUAGCUAACCCAGUACUCUACCUCAUUUUUAAAGGCAAUGAAGUAACUGAUUUCAAAAUUCAGCAUCGUAGUAAAAAUAGCACCUACUACACGAGACAUGUAGGCAAGCAACUACUCUGUUCUUUAAAAGCAGCAUUAUAUCAGUGACCAGACUUGGUAGCUUACCCUGGGAAUUUCAGUUUUCCUUUCGAAUUAAAAAUUUAUGAUAACCUACUUCCUAGUUUCCAUGCUUAUGCACACUGAGGCGGGUUUUGCCAAAUAAAUUACUCAAUUCGUGCUCAAUUGCAUGCCACAGACAGACAACCUCUUAAAUUUAAAGGACCAGUUUAUAUCUAUACGAAUUCAAUAACUUUACCUCAAGAAAUGUACCCACAAUCUAUUUCUAGAGAUUGUCCAGGCCAUGGCAGCGUAUUGUGUUGCUUUAAUAAAGAACAUGCAACAUCGAGAGUGUCCUUAGAAAGAGGGACAUUUGGAAAUCUUGAUUAUAUUGAUAUUAAUUUAGAAACAAAUUUAUCUGGGUUUUCAGCAAACAUAACCAGAGUAGAAAUAGAAGUUAAUAAAGUCCUUACAAUGACAGCAAACAAAAAAAAUUCAAGAAUAUGCACUCAAGUUGUCAAUAUGUUGAGAACUGAUCAAAGACCAGGGAUUAAAGCGCUUUCAGGAGCUCAGCGCUUUAACUUUAGGGUUCCUAUACCAUCAAUACUGAAAAGCGAGCAUUGCUAUACAAUGUCUGCACAACUGAUCAAAUGCUUUUUUGUACUCAAUGUUAAAUUGCAUACAGAAUUUUAUUGCUGCAAGUGCUAUGGAUUUGAUGAAGCAAAUCAAGGGAUUGUGAUUUUGCCAUUUCAGAUACAAGCUCCUAUGAUCCCGCCUCCAAUAGCUCCUGAGCAAUGGCAAGCUCAGCUUCUACCUCAAUCCUCUAUUAACCCGAAUUUACAAGAUUCGAAUAACCCAAAUCCAUUAAUUGUAAGAUCUUUCACAAAUCAGCCAGGACUUACAGACAAAGUUACUCCGCAGUCAUAG